AUGUUCUUCCUGUAUUCCGGGUCAAAAAUUUUGGGAGCACAGGCAAUUACUAAGAAUAUACGUAAAUUCUUGGGUACUGCAGUUGAGCCUAUUUUGGAGCCAGAAAUAAAGCGAAACUCGAUUUUCAUCAACAAUGAGUGGGUAGAGUCAUCUAGUGGAAAAACCUUCAACACUAUAAAUCCAGCAACUGGUAAAGUAAUAUGUCAAGUUUCGGAAGGUGAUAAGGUUGACAUAGAUAAAGCAGUUAAAGCAGCUCGUAAAGCCUUCGAAUUUGGUUCCGAGUGGCAUACCAUGGAUGCAUCACAUCGUGGUGUAUUACUUCACAAACUGGCUGAUCUUAUUGAACGUGACAGAGUUUAUUUGGCUUCUUUGGAAACACUGGAUAAUGGGAAACCAUUUGCUGAUUCAUAUAAUAUUGAUCUAGAUUUAGUGAUCAAAUGCUACAGGUAUUAUGCUGGCUGGGCAGACAAAUAUCAUGGGAAAACUAUACCUGUCAAUGGAAACUAUAUGUGUUUCACUCUUCAUGAACCAGUUGGUGUUUGUGGACAAAUUAUACCGUGGAAUUUUCCACUUCUUAUGCAGGCAUGGAAGCUCGGUCCAGCAUUAGCAAUGGGAAAUACAGUGGUAAUGAAGACAGCAGAACAAACCCCGUUGUCUGCAAAUUGA